CAUUCCGCAUUCCCAGUUGGGUUACUCAGGAAAUGAAGAUCCAAAUCUACUUCUUGGCCGUUUUCUUCACCGCCGUCGCCACCUCAUCCCACGCGCAGCAGUGCGGCAGCCAGGCCGGCGGCGCUCUCUGCUCCGGCGGUCUCUGCUGCAGCCAAUACGGCUAUUGCGGCUCCUCCUCUGCCUACUGCGGCACCGGCUGCCAGAGCCAGUGCGGCUCCGGCGCACAGUGCGGAAGCCAGGCCGGCGGCGCGCUCUGCUCCGGCAGCCUCUGCUGUAGCCAGUACGGCUACUGCGGGUCCACUUCCGCUUACUGCGGUGCAGGCUGCCAGAGCCAGUGCAGUGGCUCAACUCCCUCCCCAUCUCCUCCUAGCGGAGGCGGCGUGUCGUCGAUCAUCACCUCCUCUGUUUUCGAGCAGAUGCUGCUGCACCGGAAUGACGCCGCCUGCCCGGGCAAGGGCUUCUACACCUACAACGCGUUCAUCGCCGCGGCGAACUCGUUCGCGGGGUUCGGGACGACCGGCAACAUCACCGCUCAGAAGAGGGAGCUCGCGGCGUUCUUCGCACAGACAUCCCAUGAAACAACCGGAGGAUGGUCAAGUGCUCCAGACGGCCCUUACGCAUGGGGUUACUGCUUCUUGGUGGAACAAGGGAAUCCACCAGAUUACUGCGUGACAAGCUCACAAUGGCCGUGUGCUGCCGGAAAGAAGUAUUACGGCCGAGGACCCAUCCAAAUAUCUUACAACUACAACUACGGGCCCGCAGGCCGAGCUAUCGGGUCGGACUUGCUCAACAAUCCGGACUUAGUCGCUUCGGAUCCAACCGUCUCUUUCAAGACGGCCAUUUGGUUCUGGAUGACCGCGCAAUCCCCGAAACCCUCGUGCCACGAUGUGAUCGUCGGACGAUGGACGCCAUCGAGUGCUGACAGAGCAGCCGGGCGGCUUCCAGGGUACGGCGUCAUCACCAACAUCAUCAAUGGAGGAAUCGAAUGUGGCAAAGGAACCAACGCACAGGUCGCUGACCGAAUUGGAUUCUACAAGAGGUACUGUGAUAUACUUGGGGUGACCUACGGGGACAAUUUGGACUGCUAUAAUCAGACCCCUUUUGGUUAAUAAUAAUAAUAAUAAUAAUAAUAAUAAUAAUAAUGUAUUAAGGCUAGCUUGAUGUAAUGCCUAAAUAUGAUAAAAUAAAUGAUUAUUAUUAUGAUAUACAGAUCUACCGAUACUUUAA